AUGAUGCGAUCCGAUAGAAAGGAUUGGAGUAUGAAACUAGAAGAUGCAUUAUGGGCAUAUAGAACGGCGUACAAGACACCUAUUGGCAUAUCCCCUUAUCGGUUGGUAUUUGAGAAACCAUAUCGUCUUCCAGUCGAGUUUGAGUAUAGAGCAUUUUGGACAGUCAAACAAUGCAAUAUGGACAUUGAGGAGGGUGAAACUCAAAGGAAGUUGCAGCUACAAGAGUUGGAGGAAAUUCGAAAUGAAGCAUACAAAAAUGCUGUGAUUUAUAAGGAGAAAAAUAAGAUGUUUUAUGACCAACAAAUUUUAGGAUUACAUUCGUCUGAGGGCAAAAAGUUCUACUUGGAGAUCCAAAGUUUGAAAACGGAGAAAAAUUUUGUGCUGAAUGGUCACCGUCUCAAGCCAUAUUAUGAAAGGUUUCCAAUUGAACGAGUGGAGAUGAUGCAACUAAAAGACCCAACUUGA